AAAGGCUUUAAUUGGGAGCGAAGAGUUUUGUCCCUCCCCCGUCGCCGUCGGCGUUGCCUAGGCAACCGACAACAAAGGCCGGGCUCCCUCCCCGUCCCUUCCAUUCCACGCUGAAGAGUGCAGGUGAGACGGAAACCUCCUGAGCGGCAAUGGCGAUUCCAUUCUCCAAUACCACGCAACGCAUUCCUCCAGGGUUUGCGAAUCUGCUCGAAGGCCUGGCCAGGGAAGUCUUGAGGAGCCAACCUGAAGAUAUACCAAGCUUUGCAGCCAAGUACUUUGAAACUCUUCUCAUCGAAAGAGAAAAAACUGGAUAUGACCCAAGUGAAUGGGGAGCAAAGCUAGAUGACAGAUACUACAACAAUCACGCUUUUAAUGAACUUGCACCACCAGGUGGUGGUGAUAAACAGGAGGAUCAAGAGGAAAAGACUGCGGCAGAGUCCGAGGCGGGAACUAAGGCAAGCAGAAUUAGUUUAACAGAAGAACAAGCUGCUGUCAAAAUCCAGGCGACUUACAGAGGCUUCAAAACUCGGAAAGAUGCGAAAAUCCCAAAAGAAGAUUUGAAAGAAGGAGUGGUAGAAGAACAGGAAGAAGGAAAAGAAGAAGGAAAAGAAGAAGCAAAGGAGGAAGGAAUGGAAACUGGGCAAGAAGCUGGAAAGGAAACUGGGGAGGAGAAAGAGGCCAGCGAACCUGAUAAUAAAGUGCAAUAGUAAUCAGAUACAGCAAUCCUGCCACCAGUCAAGUUUUAGAAUUGGUUGAAGGCAAAAGCCUCAUUGGUCUGCUUUAGAAGUGUGUGCUAAGUUUAUGAUAUAAACCACAGACUUAAAGAAUGCGUCAUAUCAUUCUUGGUGUUCACCGGCAGAUCAAUAAACUGAAUUGGAUUAACAUACAA